ACUACUUUUUUUUUUUCUCCUUUUUUUUCUCUCUCUCCCUGUUCAUUCUCAUGUGUUUCUUCACUGUCUUGCGGUUGCACUCCUCAUCUGAUCUCUCCAAAUAUGGUGCUUGUGCGUCUUUUUGCUCACUUUACUUUCUCUCUUGGUCACUCCCUUGUGUGCAUUAUCUCUUGUGCACUUUCUUUCUUCAUUCCAACUUGUGGGAUAUUCAUUACAUUUGCUCUUUCUCGUUUUCUUUGGGUACAAACUGUGUCUCAUCCUCUUGCUAUUUUAUCAUCUCCCCCUUUUUUUUUUUUUCUCUGCCUUUUUGCCAAUUUGCUUAUGAAUUUUCUCUCUCUUAUGUGUUCAUACUCUCUCCUCUUUUCUUUCACUCAUGCACUAUUUCUCCUGUCUACAUAUGCUCAAUUUCCCUUACCAUAUUUAUAUCUCAUGUUUAUUUUUCCACACUUGCACUGCUCUCCUUGUCUUACUCUUUUACUACCGGUUUCCUUCACUUACUUUCUCUAUUUCCCACAUAUUUGUUGUUGUUUUGUUUUUUGUAUUCCUCUGCCACUUGCUUGUAUUUUUAUUCAUAUUCUAUCUUUUCAUGUUCUUGUUGGUGGGGGUUUUCUUGCUUUUGCGCUUUCUCCUCUUUGCCUACGUUGGUGCACUCUCACUGUGAUGUCACCUCCUUGCUUUAUUGUAUUUUUUUGCUCGUCCUCCCCUGCCCUAACUUUUUUUGUGUUAUCUCUAUACUGUGUCUGGCACUCUUCUCUGCUCUUUCUUCCUUCUCCCUCUCCCACUGUUCUAGCAAAGAAGAGAAAAUCGGAGAAGAAUCCAAAUUCUCCCCGCAGAUCCAAGUCAAUAAAACACAAAAAUGGAGAGAUCUCCAUGAAUUCAGACCCAUUCAAGCAAUGCGGUGUCAUAUCUGAACACACUAAGAAGAUGUGCACAAGGUCUCUUCGAUGCCCUCAACACACAGAUGACCAGAGAAGAUCUGUUAGAAUUUACCUUCUAGGUCCCUCUGCCUCUCUCCCUGAGGCAGACGGCAGUACAGACAAUGACAGCUUUGAUGUGGUGGAGGGCCAGGCACUCAUGAGCCGGCUGCAGUGGGAUGGAUCGUCUGACAUCUCCCCAUCUGACUCUGCAUCCUCCAAAGCCAGCACCAAUAAUUCAGAAUCUCGGAAGACAAAGAAAAAAAAGCCGAGUCACGUGAAUCUGGUGAGCGGAGGAGGCGGCAACAACAAUAAGAAGAAGAAGCCUAAACCUCCUGCCCCACUGACCCCUGGGAUGUACAAUGACCUCAACUGAGAGGUUUUGAGGGUGUUCCUCACCAUACCGGAACAAGGUCCAGUGGGGCCUAUAAUGCACUGUUACCUCUCAGUAUAUAGAAACCUCUGGCGGUGGCCUAGGUACAGCCAGACCACACCUAAAAUAAUAAACCCUUGAAUGUGAAUAUUAUGAGGCCGCAGAUAACUGUGUUUAAUACACCAGGAUAGGUGUAUAUAUCUAUGAUAACCCAGUCUGUCCACUUCUGCUCCCUCUGUGUGCUGCUAUAUUUGGAUCUUAUUACAUUGAUUGUGGUCUAGACUGAUAACAAUGAAAUUCUAAGAAAAAGAGUGACAUUUUAUGACUUCUAGUCAUAUUAAGUUUUUGUGCAGCAGUGUUAGGGGAGUUACUGCUUUUGUUGGUAUUGGGUCUUCUGGUUAUCUGUAUAAAGUUAAGCAAUAGGUGUGAUGACCUGGUUGUUCAGGUUCUAAGAAGUGACUGCACCAAAAAGGUUUGUGGUGUAGGCUGCCGGGGAUAUGGGGUGCAGUGGAAUGGUUAAAAGAUCUUGCAUGUAGUAAAUAUUUACACUAAAUAUUAUUUUCAACAAAUGCACCAUAGUUUGGCGAAGUGUUAAAGGGUCAGUUGUGUAUAAGGAUGCAUUGAUUAAUGCUUUAUGUUUAAAGGGAAUCUCUAUUAAUAAGAAACAUUUAAUGUUCUGUUUAGUCAGUGAAUCAUAAAUCAUCAGUAUUAAUUGGAAUGUAAGCAGGUGUUCAUCUCCAUAGAGAAAUUAUCUUAUAGUGCAUUAUUUGGCAAACGUUGAUACAAGCCUGUUCUGCUGAAACUGAAUGUGACCCAUAUUUAGGUUAGUCAAUUGUUAUUGUAUGAGCAAAGUGACCUGAUAAGUGUCUUGUAAGGUCAGCUGCCUGAACGUGCAAAAUGAGUACCAUGUUCCUGUAGCAUUUGAAAUUGGAUUGGCGCAAAUGUAUAUAUUGUAGGGGCCCCUAUGAAUAUGUUAAAGGACAUAUGACUAAGAGUCUCAUUUUAGGGUUUUAGAAAUGUGCAAUAAAAAUGUAAUACUAUGAAAAGCAAAGGGUGGUGUUGGCUUCACCCCUGCUACGUGCAACGUCAAUGUUUGUUUGUUUGUUUUUAUAUAUAUAUAUAUAUAUAUAUAUAUAUAUAUAUAUAUAUAUACAUACAUACAUACACACACACAGUGUGUGUGUGUAUAUAUAUGUAUAUAUAAUCGGUAUUUGUUUCUUUUCUGAGCCAAAAAUCUUCUUGUGCAAGUGAAACACACAAAGAUCUGUGACCAUAUCUUAGAGUGUUUAAUUUGCACAAGAUUAUAUUCGGCUCCACAUUCGGCAGUGAACAAAACUGUCUUGUAUAAUUGUGAGGCUGUGCAUGGCAGGGGUGGACUCUACCUACACACACACCGCCUAGUUGUAAUAUAAGAUCUUGUUUUUAUUGCAUAUCUCUUAAAACGUAAACAUGCGUUUAAAUGUUUAUUAAAAUGGAUGGUACUUAUGCAGUGUCUCUGGCCUUUAACAAGUAAUUUGCUACAAUUAACUGUACAAACUAUAUUGAGAACUUUGGGAUUAAUGUAUAUAGUCAAACAGUUCCCCUAAAGUCCCUAUUAAUAACUAUAACAUUGCACAUAAGCAUUUGUAAAUUGUGUGUUAAUAAAGUUGAAUGACAUUGAUGGUGGUCUUUUAUAUUAUAAA